CAGCUCUUAGCGGUCUUGCGGCUGAGGAUGUGGACGUGGUGCUCACAAAGUUAUUUUAUCCGACGACAGUUAGCGUUUCUCUUGUGACAGCAUGGGAGCUUCGGACGAACACCAGCAACUCGUACUGCAAGAGGAGAUCGACCCGAUCAACUAUGGCGCAGUUCCAUCGGCACCCACAACGCCCAAAGACCUCGAAGACGACGUGCUGAGAGAUGGACCACCCCCUAGACUGCUUUCUCCGGAGGUGUUGGCGUUACUGAUGCAAUACGCUGGAAUUGGAUUCGUCAAUGGCGUCCUCCCUGCGGUCAUUUAUCCAGUGUUACAGGGAUACCUCAAUGCUGAAGGAACGAUCGUCGUAUCUGCCACGGUUCUGGUACAGCUCCCCUGGUCGUACAAGAUGUUCCUUGGCAUCCUAAGCGACUGCUUCCCGCUCGGAGGCUUUCGACGUCGACCCUACAUGCUGUUGGGAUGGCUGGUAUGUUGCUGCAUGCUUUUCAUGAUUGCAAGCUUUCCUGAGGCUGCUCCGUAUUACGGAGACCCAACCAUGCACUCCAUCAGUCCCGAUCAAUGGACGGAGGCUCAGCGUCAGAGUAUCAACCCGGACGCCCCCGACGCUGCGGGCAAAUACGUCAUCCCAAUGAUGAUGGCGUCGUUCGGGUAUUUACUUGUAGAGGUACCUGCCGACGCUGUGGUGAUCGAAUACGCACAACGUGAACCGGUGCAUGUUCGUGGGCGCGUUCAGUCGUGGAUCCACAGUGUUCGUAUGGGAUUCAAUGCACUGGGAGCUCUUGUGGUAGCAGUCGCGUUCAACGGCAUCGAAUAUGGCGGUUCUUUCGACUUCUCGCUCACAUUCCCAGAGAUGAUGUUCAUCCUGGGUUGUCUGUGUCUCCCGCUUGGACCUGCUGCCUGGUUCCUCGUGUAUGAAGACCAAGUGGAGCCACCCAAGUUCAGCGCAUACAUGUCGAACUUCUGGGGGAUUUUACAAAAGCGAGCAGUAUACCAAGUGGCUGCAUACAAAUUCUUCUCCGGUGUUUUCAACAGCUUCAACAUCGUGUCUUCGAGUAACAUCAAGCUGUACUGGGUCCACGCCACACCGUUUAACGCUAGCAUUAUGGCCAUUGUUGGCACGUUUGUGUAUGCUGGCACUCUGGCGGUGAUGGCGCAGCGUGGUCUACAUUGGAACUGGCACGUUGCUAUCGCCGCUACGGUCAUAUUCGGUGUUGUGACGGACGGUAUGAUGACGAUACUUGUCACGUGGAAUGUAGUUCGCAGCCAGUGGUUCUGGCUGACCGUCCCGGUCAUCGGAGACGUUCCUCACGCAGUGCGCUUCAUAGUUAACAACUAUAUUGUGGUUGAACUCAUUGAAAGAGGCUCGGAAGGCGCGUUAUUUGGGCUGUUGACGACUGCCAACCACGUUUCCUCGCCAUUUGGACGCACUACUGCCAAAUUUAUUAACGCUCGCUUCCACGUUUGGAAGGACGACAUUCUAGCCGACACGUACGAGACUCGUCGAGAUGUCACCAUUACGAUCUGGAUCUGCUACGGUAUGAAGAUGGUGUCGCUCUUGUUUUUGCCGCUACUGCCGAACCAGAGAGCUGCUACUCAAGCGCUUCGUCGCCAAGGAGGCGUUAGCAAACGUAUGGGCAUGUGGAUGGUGGGGAUCUUGAUGUUCGCGCUGGCUUGGCUGACAAUGGUGAACGUACUGAGCAUGAACCCGGCGACAAAGUGCUGGGCCAUCACGGGAGGCUGCGCACCGAAGUCACAUCACACAAAGUCGUUGUAAACUCACAGCAAUACACUUACAUGUUGCCUUUCAAUACUC